UGUGGCUGCAGGUCUGCAAUCAUCAAACUCUCAUCUAAAGGAACUGAACCUGGAGUUCAGGAAAAGAUUCAGGAGUGAAACUGCUCUGCACUAAAGAGACCAAACUGCCAACUGGAGAAGCUGAGCCUGUAUCAUGGAUCUUAACGGAGAGACCGUGGUUAGAGCAGAACUACUCAAAUAUGCCUGUGAUCUCACACUUGAUCCCAACACAGCAAACAAUAAUUUAAUUCUUCUAGACGACAAUAAAAAGUUGGAGUGCGCUUCAGAGCCGAUGUCUUAUCCCGAUCAUCCAGACAGAUUUACCGGCCUCCCGCAGGUUCUGUGUAAAGAGCGUCUGUCUGGACGCUGCUACUGGGAGGCCGAAUGGAAAGGGCAGGGUGACAUAGUGGUGUGCUAUGAAGGAAUCGGCCGGAAAGGAGAAAGUUCUGACUGUCGAUUCGGAGCCAAUGACAAAUCCUGGAUCAUGAGCUGCUUUAUUGGGGAGAAACUGAUCGCCUGGCAUAAUUGUAUAGAAGGUUUAAUUCCUCUCCCAACAACUCCCCAUAACAGAAUAGGGGUGUUUCUGGAUGAGCCGGCUGGUAUUUUGUCCUUCUUCAGUGUCCCUGAUGAAAACACACUGAAUCGCUUGUACACGUUCAACACUGCAUUCACUCAACCCCUCUGUGCCGGAUUUGUGCUUUAUACGGAGUCAGUGACUCUGUGUGAUCUUAAAUAAAUAAGUAAAUAAUUAGACCCAAUUAAAAAGGUUCUUUAUUUCACCUCUACAUAAGCUUCUUACUAUUUGAAGCACACAUGAAAAACAAGAGAUUUAAACAACAAUUGAACUAUUACAUAAGAUAAAAGAAUAAAUGAAUUGCCACACUAACACCUCACAACACACUAACACCUCACAUAAUUGCAUACAUAUAUAUUUAAUCCCAGUUUGUACUUUUGUUUUGCACUUUUUACUUGU